CGGGCCCCGGCGGAAUCUGCUUCGUUCAGUUGGUAACCUACUUUGCUUCGAUUCGUACACGUUUUUCCCAACUCUCGCUCGAUCGCUUGCCCGGUCGCUCGGUCGCGUGCGCCCGCGCUCACUCACCAAUCCGUUUAACUUUUUUUUCUGUGUAAAAAAUCUUCAAUCACGACAGGAACCACCGAGGAAAACUGCUGACUGCUGUACACUUCCUUGAUUUUCCUAAACGGUGACAGCCGCCCGUCGUCCCGGUAACUUUAAUUUCCCUCCGGGGGCAAAAAGUGCAAUUUUCCGGAAAGUGUCGCAAUUACUGCAAACCGGAACAUUGAAGAGCUCCUGGUUCAUUGAAAUUAGUGGGUGUUGUUAAGGAGGUGUUUUACCUUUCCAAGAUUCUAUAAUCUUCUCUAAUUUGCCGUAAGCUUACUUUUCCGCUACACAAAGUUCCACUCGACUGUCAGAGAUAGUUUGUUUUGAACGACAAGUUCAACGACUCGUUCAACAUUAGAAUAAAAAGUGUUAUAUUUAGCAGUUCGGUGACCGAAAUACAUACACGGAAAUCGUUGAACUGAUCGGAGUAGGUGGUGACAAUAUGCUAAUUGAUACGGGCCCGAUACGGUAUCGCACCAUCAUCGUCAAUUGGCAGGCAGUGUCGUCGGCCUACUAAGAGCAACAAUCCUUGAAGGAUCGAACAGCAACGGUUGUUUCUUCGUGGCUCAUCAUCAUCAUCAACUUGAUUCUCCGUUCGGCAUUGACCUUAAACCAGCUGUCGCUUCUUGCGCCCGGACGAGGUGCAAGAUUCUCUCUGAUGUGGGAUGUAAACAAGUGAUCUUACAUACGCUGUUGGCGGAAUGUGUUUUUAAAAGGCAACAUUAUUUACGGCGAGUGCAAGUGCAUCAAAUGACUGGCCUUGGGGUGAAAGCAAGAAGAAAGCAGGAAGACGUGUGAUCUACAGUACUAUAAAAGUGUCUCGUAGUUGCAAAGAUGCUCUAAAGUAUUUUUAUAUGAACCGUGUUUAAGUGUAUAAGUGUUUCUUAGUAUGGAUUAAGAUCGUUCCUGGCGACUACGGAAUAACAUCGCGUAGCAGUAGUUCGAUGACGACCACCGUGCUCAAUUCGUCUCGAUCUUGAUCGAAUAUAGCUGAAUCCUGUGAAGAACGAUUUCACCGUUUAAGACUGAUCUGUGUGUGAUAUAAAAAACGACAUAAAUUCAAAUAACCCAAGCGUAGACAACGUGAUAUCGUUACUAUUUAUCUGCACAUAGGCCUACUAUAUAUAUCGAGCGUGUUCUUUAAUGUGUGAAGCUGAUUAAAAACAAGUGUCUUGUUAACAACUCUACAAAACCGGCCGUCCAUCGUAUCUCUAUUUUAAUAUAAAUAAAUUAUAACCGCCAGCAUUUUCUAAAGAGAGAGUAAACACUGCCGCUUAUUUCUUCGGAGGAGAUCAGCUGAAAUCCAGACAUACGGGAUUGCAGUUUUUUGUUUUGUAACAUAGUUGCAUUUUCUAAGGAUACCACACAAAGUGAUUCAUCAUCGACUAGUUAGUACUUCGUCUUUACCGCGACGUAUUGUCGUUUACUGCCGAAGCGAAAAGAAAGAAGUGUUCAAACAGAAAAUGUAUUUUUAUCAGCUGUUGAACCUUGAAAGGAGCUUGCUGAAGCUGCUAGUUUAAUAGUGAAGUAAUCAAAGAAUAACACUGCCCAUGUUUCAUCACAGUAGUCUGUUUACUACCGAGUGACCUUUGCAUGAGGCAAUAUCAAUUGUGCACCCGGGAAAAAAGCAGCGAUUACUUACUAUACGCAACGUUCGUCGUUGGCGAUAGGAUGGAGCAGAGAAGAGCAGAACUUGCGACGAGAAAAUAAUCGCACCCGCGACAACUGAUUCCCGUUUCAAGUUUAUCAAAAUAUUUACAAAGUGACUGAGAAUGCAGCGGAGAAGUGCUUCCUGAUAGUGUAGAGAAAAUCGUGAAAAUUACAAGCCAAGAGUGUACAGUCAAUUAACCUAGCCCUGAGAUCACAAUGUGAAUGAAUCGAUCGAAGGCGGCUCUGCAUACAGCGCCCGGGAUGAAUUGAUUACGUACAACCUCACUCACAACAACGGCUUUCUUCGAUCCUAGAGUGUUUUUUUGCUCUUUUGCUGAUUCGAUUCAGUGUGUGACUAACAGUGUUUACAAAAUAUCCUACCAUGAAGAUCGCAACAAUGACGUUCGCACCUCAGCUGCAACUGAUUGCACCGGAUAAAACUUCAUCCAGCAACAAUCUAGAGUGUACGACCUAUCGCGGGCACUCGGAAACGGUACUUUAAGAUAAAGGAAAGGUUCAAAGUGCUUGAACGAGUUCAGUGUAACCCGGAAAAAGAAAUAAAGCGAGGCUUAUCGCCAGACACGCAUCCCGAAACGUGUUUGCUUUCGCGUGAGCGCGUCAGUCCCUCCCUAAAGAACCCUGUUUUGUGAGAGAAAUCCAGAACUCGUUGCGAAAAUGACGUCUCUAGGAAUUAUGACACUGAGCCGUGGACCCUACAGCGAGCUCGAUAAGAUGAGCCUUUUCCAAGAUUUGAAGCUGAAACGAAGAAAAGUUGACUCACGAUGUAGCAGCGAUGGGGAAUCAAUAGCGGACACUAGCACUUCAUCACCGGAUCUUCUUCAGCCACUGUCGCCAAAGAUGUGCGAUCAGCAGCAGUCAACAGAUCAGUUAGAAUUGGAAGAGCACGGUCAGUUAGAAGAGGACGGUUCACCGAUUCCGGUUACAGCCGAAAAUAAUCACCACCUCCAAAACCAUCAUCAUCAUCAUCAACAGCAACAACAACACCAUCUGCAUCACCACCAUAAUCAGCUCCACCAGCAGCAUUCGCAUGGGCAUAGCCACGCGAGCAAUAAUGUCGAAAACAACAACACUCUAACAAACAAUAACAAUAACAACAAUGACUGUCUAACAUCACCAAAGCUCGCGUCUGCGCAGCAUGACGAUGAGCUUAAGGAGGACGAUGGCAGCAGCGAUAGAGCAUCGCCAGAUUCGCCGGGUUUGCUUAUAGAUGAAACGCCGCCCUCGAGACUGAAACCGGCAAUGACUGAUCCUGGUGGUCCUCCCGGACAUGGAGGUUCGUUCUCCAAUUCCACAGGAAACGCCAGUGUGAUACGAUCGGUGUCCUACGAGCGGCCUCGAUCUACAAGUCCACCCUCGAGUAGUAACCACAACAUGGCGCUCAUGAACUCGAUUCAACGGUUACAACAACACUACAAUCCAAACAAUAAUGGUGCUGCAGGUGGUCCAGAAAACAACCAAAAUGGUUCCGGCCAUUCGCUACAACAGCAGCAACAUGUGACCGUACUAGUCACCCCGUCUCGUAUGAAAGCAAGUGACCAACCGGCAACGCUAGUCACGCUCGGGAUGCGGAAACAAGCUCCACCGUCAAUUAAUCUAGCAAACAACAACAACAGCAGUAGCAACAACACCAACGGUAGCAGUAGUAUUAAUUGUAACGGCAGUAAUAGUAACGGUAGUAAUAAUAUCGAAGAGCCUAAUAGACUUACAUCGACACCACAGAGUUCAACUUCGUCAUCACCGCAGUCGUCAACAUCGUCAUCGUCAUCGUCGUCGACAUCCAGCUCAUCACCCGGUGGACAGCAGAAUCUAUCUCAGAUCCAAACUUUUCAACAACCCCCAUUCGGAGGCCUCUCCAAAUCUCCAUCUAGUCAAUCGUCAAAUCACAACAACAACAACAGCUUAAGUCUCCAACAGCAGCAACAUUACGCCCAACAGCAAAUGUUUCAGGCCAUGCAGCAGCAAAUACGAAUCAAGAAGGAGCGCAUGCCACAGCAGUAUACGAUCGUUAACCAGAACACCAACACUUCACUGCUUCCAGGCGGUGGCAAUCUACGGCAGCAGAACAUUCAAAUGAUUCCAAAUCCCCAGCAGCAGUUGUACAUCAAGCGAGAACGAUCUCAUACCAAUCAGAACCAUACCAUGGUCAACAUGACCUCGAAUGGUCCCGGGAACCACCAAAGGCAGUCGCCAGCCAGUCCGGUACAAAUCUGCAACAGCACAUCGCCAAUGCAACCACCAAUGUCCCCAAGUCAACAGCAACAAGGUCGACAGCAGAGUCCGGUUCAUCUAGGACCAGGCAGCAUGCAACAGUCGCCGCACAUCGUCAUCAAACGUGAACGACAACCUACCGGCAAUCCUGGCAUGCAACUUUCACCCAACAAUCAACGGUUACCAAGUCCUAUUCAAGUGAGUCCCACCACAUCGCCCCUUAAUCCUGCCCUCCAACUUCGCCAUCCCAUCCGGGAUGCAGCCAUACUAUUUCGUGUCAAAAACGAAGCGCAAGUACCAAAUUUUAUGCCCCAGCAUGCCGUUGGUGGGAUUCCGAGUCGGAUGAACCUGUGGCCGAGUCCCCAGCAGCGUAUCAACGGCGUCAAGCCGGAAGUGAUUGGUGGUCCACUGCCACCACUACGAAACCAAAUAUCCCCGCAACAGUCCCCCCAUCAGAGCCCUGGAUCGGCUGCCUCGCAAACGCCACCCCGAAAUACUCCCACGGUCAUCAUGGGCGAAUCGUGUGGUGUGAGAACCAUGGUCUGGAGCUAUGAUCCCCCAUCGCAAGUACAAAACGCAACACCGCCAAUUCCGCCGAGUCCGUCGUCCGGUGUGGGAACUCCCGGUCCCGGGCAGGGUCCUCCCCCGACGCUAAGUGGCAUCCCGCAGUCACCCGGGAACCAUCACCAUCACCAGAACAGCAACAGCAGCAGCAGUAGUAGCAGCACCAACAACAAUGAGGAGGCUGCCCAUCUGCUGCUCAGUCUGGGUCAAACCGUAAGGCAAAAUGAGGCUCAACCAUGGACACCAAGUCGGACAGGAUUGCCGCUGAAUAUGGAACGAUUAUGGGCUGGCGAUUAUGGCCAAUUUCCCACCACUCAUCAGACGCAUGCCCUCAACCUAACCUCGCAACAACCCUGGAAUCUACCACCUGGUCCGAAGAAGGAAUUGCUCGAAGAUAUGCCCCCGGAUGAGGACGAACAACCCCUGGUGUGUAUGAUCUGCGAAGACAAGGCCACCGGACUGCAUUACGGAAUCAUUACCUGUGAGGGUUGCAAGGGGUUCUUCAAGCGGACGGUUCAAAACCGACGAGUCUACACCUGCGUCGCCGAUGGUACCUGCGAGAUCACCAAAGCCCAGCGUAAUCGUUGCCAGUAUUGUAGAUUUAAGAAAUGCAUCGAACAAGGCAUGGUGCUGCAAGCUGUUCGAGAGGAUCGCAUGCCCGGUGGACGAAACAGUGGAGCGGUUUACAACCUGUACAAAGUUAAAUAUAAGAAACACAAGAAAGCCAACCAAAAAGGAGGUCAUCCCAACCACCAGAAGCUGGGAAUGCCGGGUGUCGACAACCCGAAGUCGCUGUACAUGACAUCAUCGACAACGCCGCCAAUCAAGUCGGAAAGUAUUAGCCUACCAUCGCACUUGGUCAAUGGAACCAUCUUGAAGACAGCACUGACCAAUCCGAGCGAAAUCGUGCAUUUACGUCAUAGACUGGACAACGCCGUCAGCUCGUCCAAAGAUCGGUCGAUCUCAUACGAGCAAGCCUUGAACAUGAUACAUACCCUUAUAGACUGUGAUGCUAUGGAGGACAUAGCGACCCUGCCGCAUUUUAGUGAAUUCCUCGCCGACAAGACGGAAAUUGGUGACAAGCUGUGCAACAUCGGCGAUUCCAUUGUACAUAAGCUCGUCUCGUGGACUCGAAAGUUGCCUUUCUACAUGGAAAUCCCGGUUGAGAUCCAUACGAAGCUACUGACGGACAAAUGGCACGAGAUACUGGUGCUAACAACGGCCGCGUAUCAGGCGAUGCAUGGCAAGAAAAACAUCAGCAACCAACUACAAACGCCGACGGCAGGCAAUGGCCCUGGAGGUGGGACCAGCCUUCCUCCCGAUAAACAGGAUCCCGAAUUUGUCGAAGAGAUUACGUCACACCUACACACGUUACAAUCCUGCCUAACUACACUCAUGGGUCAUCCCAUAUCGAUCGAGCAGCUGAAAAUCGACGUCGGGGAGAUGGUGGAAAAGAUGACCCAGAUCACGAUCAUGUUCCGGCGGAGCAAGCUGAAGAUGGAAGAGUACGUCUGUCUGAAAGUUUACAUUUUGUUGAACAAAGAAGUCGAUUUGGAGAUCAUACAGGAACGGUAUAUACAAGUACUUAGGACAUACCUACAGCAUACCAUCCCGCAUAGUCCCAAUAGACUGUCCGAUCUCCUCUCGCAUAUACCUGAGAUUCAAACGGCUGCCAGCUUGUUGUUGGAGAGCAAAAUGUUCUACGUACCCUUUGUCCUGAACUCGGCCAACAUCAGGUAGCAGAUGAUCGAGCAAGGUAUGAUCGAGCCUUUCGAGUAUGAACAACAAUCGAUGGAAGAAUCACAAGAGAUCAAUAGUUAUGCAUCAGCUCAAGGUAGCAGUAGCAGAAGCAGCACCACCAUCACCAAAUCAGAGGUAGAUCCAUAUGGUCCACCGCAAUCGGUGGCAUCUUCGGAAUCUCUGGUCAUCCAUAGAUGUUCAACAGUCUCGGCAACCACAACAACGUCAUUUACCGACACUCAAUCGCAUCCGAUGCAACAGAUUGGUCCGAUUCAGCAUCACUCACAGCAGCAGCAACAACAGCAAAUCAUUCCCCUAUUGCAUCAACAACAGCAGCAGCAACAACAACAACCGAUUACGCCCGCUCGAAACAAUGGCGCCGUGACGAUUGUUUUCAUCAAAACCGUGUUACCUGAUGAGUGAGUUUGAGAGUUUCGCCAACCCCGAUUUGCCUCUAGUUUGAGUUUUUAUCCGCACCUACCUUUCUUACCUUAAAUUGCAAACAAUUUCGGAGUCGGGAACUGUCUGGCCCUGAACUCAGUAGGGAUGAAAUAAGUUUGAUUUCAAAUCGCAACACGUUACCAUAGAUUUACACAGUCGAAGUAGGAUCGCUUACCCAAAUCCCAUUUGAAAGAAGGGAUGGGAGUGCUAAACCUCGUGACUAAAUGUUUCCAAUCUCGAGUUGAAUCUCGUUGAUUUUGUCUUUGUUUAUGUUUAGAGCUUAUUCAAUAUCUGCAUGCAUGAAUUAUUUAUUUUUUCAAAUAUUUUUUUAAAAAUUUUUUAAACUGUUUUCCAAGCUACGUUGCAGUCUAAUGUACCGCGAAAUUUAUAGAAGAAAGUACCAUUUUUAACGUGGAUAGCACAGAUGUAUUGCAUUAAUAUAUACAUAUAACAUGUCUGGAAUAAAUGUAUAGACAAAAAAAAGAGAAACUUUUUGCAUAUACACUUAAAAAUAUACACAUACAUAGAUUUUGUCGAAAGCAUGGAAAUUAUCCCAACAUAAGGAAAAUAUGUAUUUAAUGACACUUUUUACCUUUGAAAAAUAACCUGAAUGAGCUGUAUUGCAUUCGAAUGUGCUAUAUUGCAACUCAACCGAUUGUAAUAUUCAUCUAAGCAACCAAAGGUUUUCAAAGGCGCUACUUAGAUCACACACUCACAUACAUACGCAGGUAGAUGCUGUAUGAUGAGUUUCUCAAAGGGGGCGGGCGAAAAGUAAAGACGCUCAUUCACACAAUGAACACACGUGGAUUAGCAUGCUUAAUCACAAACAUACACAGCAAGUGCGUAUGAAUAUGAUUGCUGAAUUCGGAUCAAGAAACGGAACCAAAUUGCACACGUUAGGGUGGCUGUGUUCAUGUUUUUUUUUUGUUUCUCACAAAAGAUCACAAACUUAUUUUUGUAACUUGAAAUAGAUUCCUAAAACAUUUUGUCAAAUCGAAACAGCCCAAACAAAAUUUAACAAAUUCGUAUACCAAUUAACUUUUACAAAGAUUUCUCUAUAUUCUCAAGGAAAUAGACAGUUAAAAUUGUAUGCACUGACAAAAAUAGCAGCAUAUUUUCGUUUAAAAUCGUCCAUGGUUGGGAAGCAAAAUGAAAAAUUUGGACAAAGCCACAAUUGACACAAAAAAAACGCAAAAUUACAACAGCAUGGUUACACAUUCAAGGAAAAGAGAAUAACUUUUUCCGCUACUAGGAAGUCUGAAAUCAAAUGCCUUCUAUAUUAAAUUAAUUAAAACAAAAACAAAUAAAACAAGCGAUUGUAGAUGUAAUAUCGAUAAGAAUAGAAACGCAUAAAGAUAAAUGUAGCGCGCGCGUACGGUGCAAAAAUUUUCCCCGUUUCUCUGAAUUGCGUUAAACAAGUAUAUUACUGAAAAUGGAUAAAAUUUGCGCUAACAUUAUUCACAGUACGACAAACUGGAGUGAUGAGGAAACGCAAAAGUGCAUCUAUAUCGAGCGUUUAAAUAAAUAAAAACAGUACUCGUAAUUGAACAUAUAUAUAUUUUUUAUAUAUUUGAUUGAUCGGUUCAUUGUUGUUCUUCUUAUUAAUAUUUUUAUUAGCUAAUUUUACAACAACAAAAUAAACAUCGUAGUAAGCCCGCGGUAAAAUACACAACACACGGCAGCACAGAUCACGUACCAUAUUUGAAUGAAAAAUGAAACAACUCUAAUGAAAGCGCAUAUAGUAGGCCGAGGUUCAGAACAAAAUUUGUCUAGGAACACGUGAUUUGGCUUGUUCACUUCACACACGACAUCAUUCAUCAUCAGACACUGAACAAAAACACCCCCAAAAAGUUACGUACUGACACAUCCUAAGAGAAAAUUGUAUUGUUUAGAUUUUUCUAAACUGAAAUCCUAUUUGGUCCGAAGUAUGGCACCUGUGGAGAAAAACAUCAAUAGGAGAAAAUAUUCACAGUUUUUGCUUUUAUAAUCGAAAUAUUCAAUCCCAACUUUUCCUCUUCUCACACUUUUCUUACAAGAUGAUGCUGGAAAAGUUGGGGCCUCACUCCCUGUUCCCAUCUGGAACACUCUAACGCGAAAAAAAACCGUAGUUUGGUAAGGAACUAAAUGCUUUUAACGAUGGACUCAAUUGCGCGGAAUAACGACAUGUUGCUUUUGAUUUUGACUCCUUUCACGUUUGGAGUUACGGAGAAAUUAUACAUAUACCUAGAUGUUAGUGACGAGGAAGUUUCUUGUGUAGGAUUUUUAUAGGUAAAAACACUUAUUGAGUAUGCCGAUUUUAGUUAGUGAUAACAAGGAAUGUUUUCCUUGCGUUUGUUUUCGUUUUGUGUAGAACAAAUUUGAUUGAAAAGCAUACCGGUUUAAGAAGCAACUAUUACUGUAGGCAGACAGACGUUACGUUUUUUUAAUUUGAAAACAUCACAAGCAAGCACUUGUUUUUUUUUAAAUAUUCAGACUUAGCCGUAGGACUACGGUCCACUAGUUAAAAUAGUGGACACAGCGAAAUGACCAAAACUGAUACAUUGAUCCUCCUGAUUUUUUUAAAGAUAGCAAGUAAUAUUUUGAAUAAGUGUCGAUAAAACCCCUUUAUUAGUAGGUGAAUUAUUUAUCCGCAGUACGCGUUUUUAUUGUAAACCGAAUAAUUGAAUGAAGAAGAAAAAAAACAAUAAUUCAAAACUAACACUAACUAUUUUGGAACUGUUCAGAGACUCAUUUUUUUAACAUAGCUUAAAAAUGGCGUUAUAUGUAUUUAUAUUCGAGACAAAAAAUGUUUUGUUUAAUCGUUUUUCACUCGUGGAUUUUUUCCAAUGCCAGAAGCUACAUUUUUUCUAGCUUGUACGUGCGUUUACGGAACGACUCGAAACCAAAAAUUUAGGAAAUGUAAACUUGUAUUUGUAUAGGAAAACUUUAAAGGAAAACAAACGACGGCUGAUCUACCGUUAACAAAUUCUCAUCACCUAAAAUUUCUGUUGGUUUGCCACACACACACACCCAAACAUUUAUCGUCAUUCUUUCUCUCUAAAAACUAAAAAAAAACAAACGGCAAGUUACAUCAAAAAUAAAAGUGUAAUUCAUGCAUCGACUAAUACCACAAAUCAAGAUAAAAAAAAAACUAUACACGUGCACUGCAUUUAACAUAACCCUUCAGCUUUCGAAACAACUCAUUGUUUUGUCUACUACUGUAAAGGGCUAUCUUAUACGAACCACCUUCCUACCCCUCCCCUUAAAUCCCUGUCCCCCAUUCGUCAUGUGUAAACAGUUAAAUUUCCCAUUCCUUUGUAAAAACACAAUACAAAAUCAAGAUUAUGUGUCUGAUCGUCAAAAAACAAUUAUUAAAAAAGAAUACAGAGAACAGAAACAUACAAACAAACAAACAAACAAACCGAAAAUCAAACAGAAAUCCCCUUAUUAUGGAACCGUUGUUACCAGUGAAACCAUAUUACUUAUAAAUAAUUGUGUAAAAAGUAUGGAGAACAUGGAACUGCCCGUAAAACACAAGCCAGAAGAAAAUGAUAAUACAUAGACUAAAACAAAACGCUACCGUACUAGCCAUUCACCGUUGAUGCAAACGAAUAGAAAAAAAGGAAAACAAAAAUUACAUUCACCUUAGACGAUAAAACAAGUAUGCAAGCUCACAUAGUCUCACAAAUUACAAAAAAAAAAAAAAGAAAAUAUGCAUUCACACACACCGAAAAAUAUGCAGAAAAGAAAAAAAAACAAACCUAAGAAAAAAGCACACUGCAAAACAAUAGAGAGAAGCGAGAAAAAAACCGUAAUAAAAGACUAAACGUAAAUAUAAACUGUUUAAAAUAGCGCCCGAGUGCAUCCCUGUUUGACACUGAGCAAAACUCACGUGUUAAACCUUCAUACAUAACAGGAACAAGAACAAGUUACCCUGCCCCGAAUCCCCGAAUCGAAGCAAAACCAGAAAGGGUUCGAAGCAAUAGUCAGACGAAACUGGGAAAUCAACACUGCCACAGAGACCCAGGAAAAUUCCUCAUUUUUGUCACAAAUACAGAACCUCUAGUAAUACACUAAAAAAAACUUAUAUGGUGAACAAACAAACAACAACUGCCAGUAGCACGUCUACCUUACUAAAAUCAUAACUCUCAAGGAACAAAAUUUGAAAAUUACUGAAAUUUUUUAAACAUGUUUACGGCUGUACCUAAUUUUAGUCACACAAACAUGGAGGAGGUUUUUUUUCAUUCGGGCUGUUGUCUUUAUUUGAAGUCAAAACGUAGUAGCAACACUUUUUAAAUAAAAAUUAUUCAGAUGAAAAAAUGAUAUCAAAAUUGGUUGAUUCCUUUUUAUUUAUCUCAGAAGUUAUUUCUAUUCCAAAAAAAAAGGUAAAACUAUCUGUCAUUUUUUUUUUCUGUAAGUUCGGCUUUUAGUUUUGUUUCUGUAUGAUCAGAUUUCCAAAGUUUCGUGAUUUCUGAGAGUAUUCCUACUUUUCUACCUCAAAAUCAAUUGUUUUUGCAAAGUUACCAUUUAAGCUUUCGCAUUUUCCUUAAAAGUACAUAUUUUCACGAUUGUUCAUAACCAGUUCGGAUUGAAUUUUCGAACACUUAAGUAAAAAAACAACAAUAACCACGUGAACCUCUUCAUGUUUGUAAAACCCAAUUCGGACUGAAAUAAGCUGUUCAACUUGAUUUUCAAAAAAAAAAAACGUUAACAGAAACAACAAAAUAAAUAUAAAUACAUUCAGUAAAGUUCACCGCUGUUCAAAGUCAAAUUAGCAUUAUUUUUGCUAUUUUUUUUUUUGUUUGUGUUCGUUACUCCAAACCUUUAGUUUUGUUGUGAUAAUAACCCGUACUAUUGUUGUUCCUUAUUGUUUCUAAACAGACACUUCUAGCAUUUUUUUUCAAAAGUAUAUGGAACCUUCAAUCUUGGCCCCAAUGGCGACAUACUCGAAAAAAGAAACGAUCUAGCCAUUAUUAAAUUAGCACUAAAUUGUUUAAUAAGAGAGUAAUAAGUAUGUUUUAGCUACAGUGAUAAGUACCGUACGUCGUAGGUUUAGUAAUUGUAUUGCAUUAAUUGCGGAACGCGAGGAAGCGAGGUGGUUCAAAGUUACCAAAACCCCAGAGUAAAAUAGUGAUUGUUGACAAAUGCUGAGAGAAGAUAGACAAAGUCAAAUUAAUAACCUGCAGCUUGCUGCGGGAAGGAUUUCAAUACCAUUUCCUAGUUCUUUCGAUUGGAUUCGUGUCACCGUUUGGCCAAGAUUGAAGUGAAAAUAUUCUUUGAGAAAAAAACACUCUCAUUUCUCGAUUUUUCACCUUUCCAACUGGCAAUUUUGGUAAGCAAAUAUGUUUUUCAAUGAAAAUUGAACCGGUUGAAAAGAACAGCAAUACUUUCGUUCAUAACGUUCAGUCUUUAAAAGACGAUCAGAAAACAGCACUGCCACUACUUUUAGAUUUUCUAUAGACUGUAAUACUAUUUACACUGAUAAACCGGGAAACUGACUUAUAGCUUUCAACUAACCCAAAACAGGAUUUCCAAAAACCCUUCACAUCUCCCUUCAGGCACUCAAUCUUUUCGUUUCUUCUACUCUACAUCGUUUAUUAUCCCAGAUCCAAUGUGUUGGAUCUUCGAAAUGUUCCAAAUAAAUAGUUAUCAACUUUAGUGGCCAUCAAUUCAUUAAUGAUAAAGAAACAAAAGAAAAACUUUUUAACCAUACAUUUCUUACCCGCAUCGCAACCUAUAAAUUUCAUCAUCAAUACCAAUCAGUCGAAAAAGAGAGAGUUACAAAAAACCUGUAAUCUAUGAAAUACAGCAACAUCGUUAUAGUGAAAACCACACAUACACACGUGUACAUUUAGUAAAAGAAAACAAAAAAGAGAACAACCGAUAUAACAAAUCACUGCCGUUUCUCAAGUAUAUACAAAUAUAAAUAAUCAUAAGGCGGGUGUUGAUGACAGAAAAAAAUGUAGUCGCAUUUGAAGCUCGUGGGCGAAAAGCAACAUAAACAAACAAACAAACAUAAUUCAAACACACACCGCCAACCACAAACAAAAACACACACGCGCGAU